AUGAUCAGGAAUCACUUCCUCGCUCGCUGCCCCACUGAGCUCACCAUUGCCCUCCUCGAGAAGGAACUACUUGCAGCUGAGGCGAGCAUCGUCGCUGUAGGUGCCUCUCGUGGCGACCCCCGCACCCCUUUCUUUGAGGGGUGUUCCCCUUCCCCCCUUCUUCCCUCUGUAGCCUCUGCUUCUGCUGUCGACCUCCUUGGUGCUGAGAAGGUCGGGGCUGCGUCCGCUACGAGCGGGCGCCGCAGGAACAGAGGGGGCAAGGGUGGAGGUGGCGGCGGGGGAGGCGGGGGUGGAGGCGGUGGGAGUGGAGGUGGGGCUGGAGAGGCUAGUGGCGGCAGUGGGGGUGGUGACGGCAGCGGCGGGGGCGGUGGCAGGGGCGGGGGCGGCAGCGGGGGCGGCGGUGGUCGUGGCAGCGGCAGGGGAGGGGGUGGUCGAGGAGGUGGCGGCGGCGGUGGUGGUCGUGGAGGCGCUGGCGAUGGUCUGAGCCAGCAGCACACCCCGUCGCUCCAGGAGGCCCGUGAGUGGUAUUCGCAGCGCGGGGGGGCGGGUGGCUUUAGCUGCACGUACGUCAUCCGCACUGGUGACCGCACUGGUCAGACGUGUGGGAGGCCGCACCCCACGCAGCGCUGUUUCUCGCGCCUUGACGACGCUUGGCGCACUCAGUUCCCUGAUGCCACUGAGCUGCCCCGCUGGGCUGAUCUGAUGAAGAAGGGAGUUGAUAUCUGGGCUCUAGACUUUGAUGCUAUUCUUACUGCCAUGUAUGUGAUGUUUACUAGUGGAGAGGGUGCUCAGUACCUGCGUGUUCCGCCCGACCCGGGCAUUCGGACCAGUGAGGCUGCCGCUCUAGGUGCUAGUGAGACUGCCACUGCAGGUACUCGCGUGUCUGCUACCUCAGGUGCUGGUGAGGCUGCUGCUCUAGGUGCUAGUGAGUCUGUCCCCCCUGGUACUGAGUCGACUGAGGCACUGCACACCUUCACCCUGGACUCAGGUGCUUCUCACUGUUUCUUUCGUGACCGCACUGCCCUUGAGCCGCUUGCUCGGCCAGUUGCUGUCUCCCUCGCUGACCCCUCUGGGGGUCCGGUCAUUGCGACCUCCUCCACUGUUCUUCCCUGUCCUGCGGUCCCGUCGGGCACACUGUCAGGUCUCCACCUCCCCUCGUUCUCUACGAACUUGGUGGCGGGUUGUGCGCUCCAGGACGCGGGUGUUCACCAGUUCACCCCUGCCUACGAGCGCAUGACACACUGCACGUGUGCUCGGACGGGCCGUCACCUGGCUACCUUUACUCGGCAGCUGGGGUCGGGCCUGUACACACUGACCACUGAGUCCCCUCAGGUAGCUGCGUCUGCGUCUGCGUCAGGUCAGCUGUCGGCCCCCUGCUCGUGUCGCUCUCUGGCGCACGAGACCGUCCUCUGGCACCACCGACUUGGUCACCCGUCUGUGCAGCGCCUUCGGGCCAUGCACAAACGGUGCCUUGUCUCUGGUCUUCCCAGGGUUCUCCCUCCCCUCCCACCCUCGCCUGCUCCUCCCUGUCUUCCCUGUGUCGAGGGGCGGCAGCGCGCCGCUCCUCACUCCUCCUCCUUCCCCCCGACGACUGCUCCCUUGCAGACGCUCCACCUGGACGUGUGGGGCCCAGCCCGCGUCCGUGGUCAGGGUCAGGAGAGGUACUUCCUGAUUGUUGUUGACGACUACUCUCGCUACACCACGGUCUUCCCCUUGCGCACCAAGGGUGAGGUCCCUGAUGUCUUGAUCCCUUGGAUCAGCAGAGCUCGUCUCCAGCUCAGCGAGCGUUUCCGCUCAGACUUUCCUGUCCUGCGUUUGCACUCUGACAGAGGUGGUGAGUUCUCCUCCGACCUCCUGGCAGCCUACUGUGCGGAGCACGGCAUUGAGCAGUCGUUCACGCUUCCGGCCUCUCCACAGCAGAAUGGGGUUGCUGAGCGCCGCAUUGGCUUGGUCAUGGAGGUCGCUCGUACCUCCCUGAUCCAUGCGGCUGCUCCCCACUUUCUGUGGCCGUUUGCGGUCCGAUACGCUGCGCAUCAGCUCAACCUCUGGCCCCGUGUCUCCUUGCCAGAGACUUCCCCGACACUGCGGUGGACGGGAGAGGUUGGCGAUGCGUCGCGUUUUCGGGUCUGGGGAUCUCGAGCUUUUGUUCGCGAUACGUCCGCGGACAAGCUCUCCUCUCGCGCUGUUCCUUGUGUCUUCCUUGGCUUUGUCCCGGACGCGCCUGGUGCUGCUGUGGUAGACCCCCUUCCCCCUCAGGGUGCCGCUCCCUCAGGUGUGUCCCAGGUAGACCCGGUUGAGCCUGUCGAGGUAGCUGUCGACUCUCGUCCUGCUAGGGGUGCUGAGCCUGAGCGUGAGGAGCCUGGAGGUGCUGCGUCUGGGGGUGCGGAGCCUGGGGGUGCUGAGCCUGGGGGUGCUGAGCCUGGGGGUGCUGAGCCUGGGGGUGCUGAGCCUGGGGGUGCGGAGCCUGGGGGUGCUGAGCCUGGGGGUGCUGAGCCUGGGGGUACUGAGCCUGGGAGUGCUACACCUGGAGGAGCCCUCUCCUCACAGCAGCUGCAGGAGAGGUACCUACAGUACUGCAGCCUCCGGAGAGGUGCUGCUGGAGCUGGUACCAGUACUUCCCCUCCUACCCGGGAGCUCCCCUCCCUUCAGCGGAUCCGAGAGUGGUACACGCGGCGCUGCAGUCUUCGGAGUGGUGCUCCUGGUGCUGAGGACCCGGGCGUUGGAGCUACUGCUGGUGUUGAGGACCUGGGAGUUGGAGCUACUGCUGGUGCUGAGGACCCGGGCGGUGGAGCUGCUGCUGGUGCUGAGGACCCGGGCGUUGGAGCUGCUCCUGGUGCUGAGGACCCGGGCGUUGGAGCUGCUGCUGGUGCUGAGGACCCGGCCGGUGGAGCUGCUGCUGGUGCUGAGGACCCGGACGUUGGAGCUGCUGCUGGUGCUGCGGACCCGGGCGUUGGAGCUACUGCUGGUACUGAGGACCCUGACGCUGGUGUCUCUACUGGUUCUGGAGACACUGCGCGGCCGCGACCGUACUUCGUACCGCUCCUUCAGCAGGUUCUUGGUCAGACUCCUCCUCCUUGUCCUCCUUCCUCCUUAGAGUGUCCUCCGCCUGUCCAGUCGCAGUCACAGUUACCGCCUGCCUCGCCUCUCCCUGGUCCCUCUCCUUACACUGGUCCCACAGGAGGUCUUACGGAGCAUCGUGAGCCUGAGUCUCGUCCUACGUCGCCUGUUCGUACUGCUCGCACUGGUCGUCGUGUCCCGCGUGAGCGUCCUCCCCCUGUCCCUGGCACUCACUACAUGACUUUGCGUCCCUCCACUGCUCCUCAGCGUGUCCCUCUGCCGUCUCCUCCUGCGUCCUCUCUUCCUACUCCUCCUGACCCGGAGUCUGACUCCCGUCGUGCUGCCAGUCCCACUGUCACGCGUCUCCUAGCUACUGUUGUCACUGACCCUACCUUUGAGUCCUCUGCUGCGUCUGCUCUGGUAGCUGAGUUGGUUGACUUUGCUGCUCGGUGUCGUCUCGACUACGCCGCUAGCCUUGUUGCUGAGUCUGAGUCUGUCUGUCCUCCGUCCGUCGGGGUUGCCCCUGAGGGAGACCCGGAUGCACCACACAUCCCGACCCCGCGCUCUUACGCAGAGGCGAUGGCGGGUCCCUACUCCUCUCAGUGGCAGACAGCCAUGGACGCAGAGAUGGCUUCCUGGAAGUCCACAGGCACCUACGUCGACGAGGUUCCCCCACCUGGGGCGAACAUCGUCAAUGGCAUUCAGCGAGAGGGAGUAGACUUCUUCCAGACCUUCUCCCCCACCCCGAAGAUGACCACUCUUCGGGUGCUGCUGCACAUAGCCGCUCACCGCGACUACGAGCUUCACUCACUUGACUUCAGCACUGCUUUCUUGCAGGGCAGCCUGCACGAGGAGAUCUGGCUGCGCCGCCCUCCUGGCUUCACUGGGUCGUUUCCUCCUGGUACCCAGUGGAGCCUCCGGCGGCCAGUCUACGGUCUCUGCCAGGCGCCGCGUGAGUGGCACGACACACUGAGGACUACACUUGCGGCUCUUGGGUUCAUUCCUACUGCUGACCCGUCGCUGUUUCUACGCACCGACACCUCGCUGCCUCCGUUCUACAUCCUCGUGUACGUCGACGACUUGGUCUUUGCCACUGCUGACACUGCGGCACUCGCCCACGUGAAGUCGGAGCUGCAGAAGAGACACACGUGCACAGACCUGGGUGAACUGACAAGCUAUCUUGGCUUGCGGAUCACCCGGGACAGAGCACGGCGCACCAUCACCUUGACUCAGUCACACAUGGUGCAGCAGGUCCUUCAGCGCUUCCGCUUCACGUACUCCUCGCCUCAGUCCACUCCUCUGCCUACCGGUCACUCGCUCUCAGCUCUGCCUUCGGAUGAGUCCGUAGAGCCGAGUGGCCCGUAUCCAGAGCUUGUGGGCUGCCUCAUGUACCUGAUGACCUGCACUCGACCUGACCUUGCAUACCCUCUUAGCAUCCUUGCACGCUAUGUCGCUCCUGGCCGUCACUGGAAGGAGCACAUGGAUGCCGCUAAGAGGGUGUUGCGCUACUUGUGCAUUUCUUGGCGUUCUACACGCUCUUCUUCUGUUCUCAGCUCCAGUUGUGAGGCUGAGAUCUACGCCACAGCCAUGGCGGCCCAGGAGCUACGCUGGCUCACCUACCUGCUAACCGACUUGGGAGAGCGGCCUUGUUCUCCUCCAGUACUGUACGUCGACAACAAGGCUGCCAUUGCCUUGUGUGAGGAGCACAGACUGGAGCACCGAACGAAGCACAUCGCUCUGCGCUACUUCCUUGCUCGAGAGCUGCAGCAGCGCGGUCAGCUUCGUCUGCGUUACGUGGCCACUCAGGCCAACACUGCUGAUGUGUUCACCAAGGUGCUUCAGCCUUGUAAUCAUUAG